AUGGAGGAAGAAGAGAAAAACCCUAGUUCGAUCUACAUAGUUGCCGAUCUUCUAGAAGAUAUAUUCCUUCGACUUCCCUUGAAAUCCAUUCUCAUAUCGAAAAGCGUCUCAAAACGAUGGAGAUCAAUUCUUGAGUCGAAGACGUUCGUGGAGAGACGAAUGAGUCUUCAAAAGAAGCGCAAAAUCCUGGCUGCUUACAACUGCAAAUGCGGCUGGGAGCCUAGGCUCCUCCCCGGGUCGUCGCAGUGCAAAGGGAACGAAGAGAUCGUCUAUCUGCACUGCAACGCCGCACAACCCUCGUUUACUUGCGACGGUUUGGUCUGCAUUCUCGAACCACGUUGGAUAGACGUUUUGAACCCCUGGACAAGGCAACUCCGGCGAUACGGAUUCGGAUUUGGAACCAUAUUUGGAGUAGGUUCGGCUUUCUCUCCAAGACAUUGGGCAAUGGGAUUUGGUAAAGAUAAAGUUACCGGAAGCUAUAAAGUAGUGAAGAUGUGUUUAAUAUCUUUCAGUGAAAUUUGUGCACGUGAUCCUGAGGUGGAGUAUAGUGUUCUUGAUGUCGAAACUGGUGAAUGGCGGAUGUUGAGUCCACCUCCUUAUAAGGUCUUUGAGGUAAGAAAAUCGGAGUGUGCGAAUGGAUCGAUCUACUGGUUACACAAACCUACUGAGAGGGCUUGGACAAUACUAGCCUUGGAUCUUCACAAAGAAGAGUUACAUAACAUUUCAGUUCCUGAUAUGAGUGUCACGCAAGAAACCUUCCAAAUAGUGAACCUUGAGGACCGCCUGGCCAUAGCCAAUACCUAUACUAAGACUGAAUGGAAACUAGAGAUUUGGAGCAUGGAUACAGAAGUAGAAACAUGGACCAAGACUUACUCCAUAGAUUUAGAGAAUAGAGUUGCUUCCCGGGAAAGGCGGAACAGGUGGUUCACCCCGGUGUCGGUUUCUAAGCAAGGAAAUAUUGUCUUCUAUGAUAAUCACAAGAGACUUUUCAAGUAUUAUCCAAGGAAAAACGAGAUUCUUUAUCUCUCCGCAGACACUUGUGUUAUAUCUCCUUUUUUUGAAAAUUUAGCACCACUUCCUCAGAAAUCAACCCUUCAUACCCCCAUCAUCGCCGGAGAACCAAAUGCCCCCUUAACGACUCUAGUAGUAGUAGGUUCCAUUUGGUCACCACUCUUCUUAUUUAGUGUCAAACUAUAG